AUCCAAAGGGUCCCCUCGAGUCCCUGGGCAUCAUCACCUUCUUGGUGUUUUUGAACACCUUCAAUUUCAACACCUGCAAAACUGCUACGUAUCGUUUGUAAAGGGAGGGACUGGUAGGGGUAGGGUUUUGCGCAUGGGGCGGGGGCGGGCCGGUGGUGGGCGAUAGCCAGAGACACGCGUUUGGGCUCGGCAAAUGGUGGGGCAUAAACAAUAUAAGCAAGAGUACAUAGUAGCAGCACUGACUGCCACGGAGUUACAGGCGCGCCGACUUUGCCACCCAGGGCUCCGGGUGGCAACGUCGCGUUGAACGGCGUUCGCGGGCCCGGUGCCUCUUGAUUUGGAAGAAGCACCUAAUAGGAAUGGAGCCGUCUAGCUCGGAAGAGGUUGGCCUGGAGCAGGGCGAGGCCCGCAAGGAUUUGGACAUAACUGAGACGGUUUUGAAGAAGGGGACGCUGUCGCUGUCAUCUGAUGAGGCCGUAAUAGUAAGGUUCCUGUUGGCGCUGGGCGAGAAGUGGAGGCGUCACGGCCGGGAGGAGCUCGUAAGGGAGCUAAGAAGGGCCAGGGAACGGGGGGACAAGUUGACGCUUUUCGCCGGCAUUGCGGAUAAGCUGGUACGGCUGGAGCUGCCACCCAUGGCCAGGCCCCAGGCAAUGGGCGAUGAGGUGGGGGAUGUGGCGCCGGACGUGGAGGAGAGCAUCAUGGGCAUGGUGGAGGACAACGAGAUCGUGUCCCUGUCCGCGAUCCUGGAGCUGAAGGGCGCGUGCCUGGAGGAGGGGGAGUCCGGUGGCGUGGAGGAUGGGCGGCCAGCUUCAUCGACUACGGCAGCAGCCGCGGUGGAGGGCACUGCGGUGGCUGCACCACCAUUGAAUGUGGUGACGCCAAAGGAGGGAAUGGCUGAUGUGGAAGCAGCAAGCAGUGGUGCUGGUGCUGCCCGCUCUGGCACUGAUGUUGUGACAGACCUGCCGGAGCCCGGGGUUGCUGCUGGAGAGCUAACCGAUGGCACCUUGCUGAGGGAGCUGUACAUCGCCCUGCGAGUCCCCGAUGCCCUCCGCGACCUACUGCGAGGCAACGUGCGGCAACUGCGGCCGAACGUGCUCGACGCGUGCAAUGCGCGCGCCAAAGCUCGUGCGGCGUUGGACCUGGAGGCGCAAUCUGCGGGGAGACCCCGCACAUCAGCGGAGCUAGCGCUGACCGUGUACUGGGACAUGACGGGCAGGGCAUGCCUGUUCUGGAUUGACAUGACGGGGACUGACGGCGUGUUCAACCCAGUCCUCCUGGUCCUGUAUGUGCCGGGGCCGGUGAUGCAGAGCAAGUACCCGGUGUUGGUGCGAGCGGCGCGCAACAUGCAGCGGCGCCUGAUGGAGGCGCAGACGCUGAAGAAGGUCCCCCGUGGUCGGCUGAAAGAGUGUGGCGGCGAAACUCACAUGGCAGGCUACCGGCAUGUGCAGACCAACAAGGCGAGCCGCGUGACCAUGUAUGCGCACACAUCGAGGAGCCACGAAGCGCGGGUGGUCAUUGGUGCGUUCGGCCUGUGCAUCGCCAUGCUGCUGCUGGCGAUGUGGGACUACCUCGUGACGAGCGCGAAGGAGACCGUCGCGGGUACGCCUGCAAUCCUGGCGACAGGGGCGCCAUGGGGCCUGGUUCCGGUUGGGCUGGACUACUUCACACACCCGCAUCUGGACCCGGACGACGCAACGCCAACUGUCGUGUUCCUGGCUCUGUGGAAGUCGGCAACAGGGCGCCGGUGCAAGGACUUCCUGGACGAUGUGGAGCGUGCGGCGCAUGUCAGCCGCAACCUGUUCACAUUUGGUGGGGUCAGCGCCUACACCCGCACCCAGGACAGCGACCUGCUGGUGUUCGACGCGCGGCAGGUGGUGCACGGUGCUGACUUGCGUGUGCCACUUAACGCUAAAUUCGAUGAGGCGGGCAUGCCGUGCGGCGUGACGGUGGGCUCUGGCGUUGUGUCACGCCAGUCUGAUGUGAAAGUGGGGAGGGCCGAGGCACGUGGGCGGUUGGAGUUGGCGGCGGAGGGCAAGACCGCAUCUCUGCAUGUCAUGUGCAAGCGCGGUGAGGAGUUUGAGGCGGAGAUCCUGCGCAUGGCCGCAAGCGCGGGGUGUGAGGCCGAGGCUGGAUGUCAUCCGCCAUCCCAGAAGCGGGCUGCGGGUGCGGCCCUGCCGCAGUCAGCUAUAAAGGGCCGCCGGGCGCAGGGCAGUGGUGGGAAGUGCUGAGCGGGCGGAUCAGCCAUGCACGGCUGGUCGCAAGCAUGUAUCGUUGUUGUUAUGAGUUCCAUAGGUAAACAAACAAGAGGCCGGAAGAUCAAUACUGUACUGAUGGGAAACUUGUGUCUCAGAUGCUGGGAAGCUUCCGGUGCAGGGCUGCGUGCGCUGUCGGCAGCCGGGAAGAUUUCUUUAGUGGAACGGCGGGAAGGGGGCUGGGGCUGCAUUGACAUACGGCACCGGUGCAGGGCUGCGUGCGCUGCCGGCAGCCGGGAAGUUUUCUUUACUGGAAAGGCGGGAAGGGGGCUGAGGCUGCAUCGUCAUACGGCACCGGUGCAGGGCUGCGUGCGCUGUCGGCAGCCGGGAAGAUUUCUUUAGUGGAACGGCGGGAAGGGGGCUGGGGCUACAUCGUCAUACGGCACCGGUGCAGGGCUGCGUGUGCUGUCGGCAGCCGGGAAGUUUUCUUUAGUGGAAAGGCGGGAAGGGGGCUGAGGCUGCAUCGUCAUACGGCACCGGUGCAGGGCUGCGUGCGCUGUCGGCAGCCGGGAAGUUUUCUUUAGUGGAACGGCGGGAAGGGGGCUGGGGCUGCAUUGACAUACGGCACCGGUGCAGGGCUGCGUGCGCUGCCGGCAGCCGGGAAGUUUUCUUUACUGGAAAGGCGGGAAGGGGGCUGAGGCUGCAUCGUCAUACGGCACCGGUGCAGGGCUGCGUGCGCUGUCGGCAGCCGGGAAGAUUUCUUUAGUGGAACGGCGGGAAGGGGGCUGGGGCUACAUCGUCAUACGGCACCGGUGCAGGGCUGCGUGCGCUGUCGGCAGCCGGGAAGUUUUCUUUAGUGGAACGGCGGGAAGGGGGCUGGGGCUGCAUCGUCAUACGGCACCGGUGCAGGGCUGCGUGUGCUGUCGGCAGCCGGGAAGUUUUCUUUAGUGGAAAGGCGGGAAGGGGGCUGGGGUUGCAUCGUCAUACGGCACCGGUGCAGGGCUGCGUGCGCUGUCGGCAGCCGGGAAGUUUUCUUUACUGGAACGGUUGGCGGCCCCGGAAGACACAA